AUGAAGCUGGGCAACCAGACUAUUGACAGGACAAUAUCUCUGAGGACCCACUCAUUAUAUGCACCAUAUAUCGACCAGGACCUCCAAAAUCGGUGGUGGGAUUUCGGCGCGGAUGCAUAUAUUAAUACGAACAAGCACAUCCGCUUGACACGUAACCGACCAUCACAAAUGGGCUGGCUGUGGUCACGGAUACCGCUUACUGCCCACAACUUCGUUGUUGAGGUCGAAUUCAAGAUCCAUGGAGAAUCAAGUCACCUCUAUGGGGAUGGUCUUGCCUUAUGGCUGACAAAGACACGCACUCAGCCGGGGCCUGUAUUCGGCAGCGUAGACAAUUUCGAGGGCCUCGGUAUCUUUCUAGACACAUACGCGAACACCCGGCAUUCGUACUCCUUCCCGCGCGUUGUCGGAAUGCUCGGAGAUGGCAAAACGAGCUAUGACCAAGAAGGUGAUGGUCAGAAGAAUGGCCUAGGCGGUUGCUCGGCCAAUUAUCGCCGUACGAAUGUCGCUACUAAGCUGCGUGUCACGUACGUCAAAGAUAAACUCUUGAACGUCAAAAUUCAAUACCGCGCAUGGGAUGACUGGCUAGAGUGCUUCACUAUAAGAGACAUUAGCUUGCCGACCGCGCCCUACCUGGGAUUCUCGGCCAUGACGGGCGACGUCUCUGACAACCAUGAUAUAAUCAGUGUAACGACGUCCUCCGCCAUCCUCUCUAGCCCCGAGAAUCAGCGGGACCAGAUCAAGAGUGCGAAGGCAGUCGUUGGUGUGCCGUCCUGGCUGUGGACAUUCGCCAAGUUCGGCGGCGUGCUUGCGACGAUCGCGGGGGUGCUGUACGCAUACAAGUCGUAUGUCCUUGCCCAAGCGUCAGGCCGGAGCUUCGGGAGCGCGUUCAUGGGCCAGGCUGGCGGCCGUGCAGCCAACUUUGCUUCGGGGUUCUACACUGAUGCUAAAAGGUUCUGA